AUGAACCAAAAGAUUGAUCAAGUAUAGACUAAACUAUAAAGGGUUAAUAUAAGCCAGAGUGGUUUUGGCUAUUUAAACCCGUGAGAUUUACUUGCUCAGCAUCCUCUGAUGAAGUGAGCAAUAGACUCACGAAACGCGUAAGGACGUUUUUCAUCACUUUCUGGCACCUACCGUAAACUCAAACGGGCUACACUUGGAACGCAGGAGGAUCGGUGACACGCACGCGGCUCUCAGCUAGUCCAUUCAUCUGCCGGCAGGACGAUAAUACAGAACCAGCUGCCUACACUAUACUUUCCUGACUCCAGUUCAGCACGAAUAGUUUUUACCAAUUGUGAGUGCAAUUUUUAAUUAUGUGUACAAUAAAUAUAUUUUAAUACAGUAAGCACUAUGGAUCUUGAACUCUGCUUCUUUCAGAACGGAGCGAUCUUCAUUUAACUACAGGUCACUUACUAUGAUCUGUUAGUCACUAUAUUUUAACUUUCAAGACAAGUACAUCAUUAUUUAUCACAUUGCUGGACCUGCAAGGACAUUAUAGUAAUAUUGUACCAUAUAAAUCCAGCUAAUCCAGUAUACAAACCCCAGUUUGAUCAGAACUGGAAAUAACUGAAAUAGCUUACAAAGUAAUUGAUUGUUGUGAAUUUGUAUUUGACUGAUACAAUUGUAUCCAUUCAGAGACUUUUAUGUAGUGGACUUAAGCAAAAUCUGAGUUAAAGGACCACUAUAGUGCCAGGAAAACAUAUUCGUUUUCCUGGCACUAUAGUGCCCUGAGGGUGCCCCCACCCUCAGGGACCCCCUCCCGCCCGGCUCUGGAAAGGGGAAAGGGUUAAAAACUUACCUUUUUCCAGCGCUGGGCGGGGAGCUCUCUCCUCCUUCUCUCCUCCUCCGUUCCUCCUCCUGGGCUGAAUGCGCGGCAAGAGCUGCGCGCGCAUUCAGCCCGUCGCAUAGGAAAGCAUUUACAAUGCUUUCCUAUGGACGCUUGCGUGCUCUCACUGUGAAAAUCACAGUGAGGAGCAUGCAAGCGCCUCUAGUGGCUGUCAAUGAGACAGCCACUAGAGGAAACAGGGGGAAGGCUUAACCCAUUCAUAAACAUAGCAGUUUCUCUGAAUGUUUCUCUGAAACUGCUAUGUUUAUGAAAGAAUGGGUUAACCCUAGCUGGACCUGGCACCCAGACCACUUCAUUAAGCUGAAGUGGUCUGGGUCCCUAGAGUGGUCCUUUAAAUGCAGUAAUAUGUUUUACCUAUUGAAUGCAAGCUAUAUGAUGUAUUUUUAGCAUUGCAACAAACAAGAGUUAACAUUUAAAGGUAUAUACCACUUCUGAAUUUAUAUUAGAUUUUUUUCAGUUUAUAGGGAAAACUGUUGCCUGGAUACAAUUCUAAAACAAUUUCCAUUUGUCCUUUGCAGACUUUACAUGCUGGAAAAAGACAGGUGCCAACUGCUGUGGCUUUCUGCAGUGUGCAUACCGGCAAGGAGGGCAGGGUUGAGGAGAGGGUGGAAGAUGAUGUGGAGGAUGAUGAGGUCCUAGACCCCACAUGGAAUCAAGUUUGGAGGAAGAGGCGCUGGUCGCACAGAGGCACCAGCACAGCAUAAGAGGGAGCAGGGUGCAAAAGCUGAGCAGCCGUCACCUAGCGCUCGUCGGCAUGUAUUAGCUUGAGAAUUACCAGUUAUCCAAGUAAUACAUGUAGCGAUCAAGGGAUCCAUAAUAGAGUCGAGCGAACCCGAACUGCAAAGUUCGGGUUCGUACCAGAUUUAACGAUCCAUUCGUAGUUUCACAGUCAGGUGGGCAGUCCGGUGACCAGGACCCAGACACUGUCUGGGCGGCGGUCGGACGACCAGGAACAAGUAUGCCUGAUGUUGAAGUUAGUGUGGAAUGGAUUAGCAGGGUCGGGUGCAGGGUAACCGCAUGCCCCUUGGUGUUGAGCACCAGCGUUUGUGCAGCCACAUACCAGGACCCUGAUGCAGCUUCAGUAAAAAGAGAACUGGAUACCAGAAGCCAUCACCAGACUGAUCCGCAACUUGGAACAGGAUGUGACAUUCACUGUAGCGGCUGUGCACGCUGUCGUCGUUCUCACCCUGCUGCUGCUCGCCUGUCUGCGCUGCAGCGUAACUUCGGCCUUCCCACUCACCGCCUCAUAAGACUGUGCGAGCAGCAGCAGGCAAUAGUGGAGUUUCAGCUGCAGCACGCAUGGGUCAGUGGCUCUGCACCAGACUUCCCUCCAAUUAAUCAGAGUUAAAGGAUUUCAAGUGGACUCAUUACAAUUACAGGGCCUCUAAAGAGUCCUGUGUGACGAGACCAAUCUCGCCACUGUGCAUUGGAGGAGCCUGGUUGCCCACCUGUUGCCUUUAGACUAUGGCCCCAUGUUGAAACGCUUUAUUUUCCCCUGCAAAGAAGCCAGGUCAUUCGGUGCUUGCCCUGUUUGAGCGGUGAUACCCCAGAUAGCUAUGCCAUGGAGCCCAUUCGUAUAAUGAAAGACUAUGGGAAAGACUUUGGCUCCAUGACAAUUGAACUGUAUGUGUGUGGUCUGAGUGCCAUUCAGUAAUAAUGUGUGCUCAGCCAUAAGCUAUCUGGGGAUAUGUUGCAUGUCUGUAUUUUAUGUAAUAAUGUAAUCUUGUGUGUUUUGUUGUAUUUUAUUGUCUUUUUACUGCCAUGUGCUUAAUGGAGUUUUGUCUCUGUCUUUGGAGAUAAUUGGAUUACUUCCCAAUUAUCUCCAGGAUAGAAGACUCUGUGGAACUGGUGUUGGGCAGAAAAGCCAUGCUUCCUUUCGUCACAAUGGACUUCGAUCUAUCUUUUGAACCACUGGACCAAUUUGGAUGAUUUUGACAUAUGUUUGUAUUUGGAAUAUGCUGAUUCUGAAAUGUACAUUUUAUGUGAAUGUGAUGCAUACUUUUAAAGUUAUGAAUAAUGUGGAAAAACUAUAUUUCUCUGCCGGUGAUAAUUACAUUACCCAUUGUGUAAGGUAAUUGUAUCACAGGCAGAGGGGAGGAUUUUGUGUGGGAGUGUCUGAGUGUGUUGUAUGUGUUUAUUGGUUGUUUUCCAAAACCCUGUGGGUGGUACUAAUGUGUAUAUAAGAAAAAUAAACCCACAGCUCUGGCUGUUCACUGCUUGACCCUCAAAACAGAGCCUUGUCUCGUUCUUGGGGUGAUUUAUUGUAUGCUGUUCCAGUUCGACUGCUAGGAGUGUAAACCUAUUCAUAUGGUUUUUCCUAUUUGGCUGUUUACAGCAUUCAUAUGGUUUCCUGUUCGCGGAUUGGUGUUCUGCAGUAGCUGUGCCUGUUUCUCUGGAAGGGAAGAUCCACUAAACGGCAGUUUAACCCUUUUGUGCCUGGGGGUGCCGUUACAUCCUGUAUUGUUAUUUGUCGUCACUACCUUCCCGUGUCGGGAGUGGGUCAUUUGUGCGCCUGCUUCCUUCCCUGCAUGUGGUAGCCGUUUCUCAGGGUCCCUGUACGGAAUGGAACCCUGAUUCCCGUUACACGUGGUCACCAUGGUAGGCGCAGAAACUGGCAUCGAAAGUUCAUAUGGAUGACAUCCGAAUGCAAAGUCGCCGUCACGGGGAUGUGUGAUUGGCCCGAGGUUCUCUAGAGUCAACAAAGUGCCUGCACAACUAUAAUGUAAACAGCUACUCUGCGGAACAGAGUUGUCUUUUUUAUAUGUCCCAAUAUUUUGGGGGCUACCCCAAUUAAAAAAUAUUUAUAUAUAUAUAUAUAUAUAUAUAUAUAUAUAUAUAUAUAUAUAAAUAACAGUGUUGGCUACCUCAUCCUCCUCCUCCACCGCUGCUUCCACGUACACCGCCACAGUCACCGCCUCCUCAAUCUAUGGGUCACUUAGUAUAAACUAUGUACACAAUAACAGAGGCUUGUGAAGGCCUUUCCUCAAUGCAUCAGGAGUUGUUCAUUUCUCCAUGCAUCAGGACUGUAAGAAAUGCACCACAGGCCGCAACUGUUUCUUUUUUUGUAUGUCCCAAUAUUUUGGGGGCUACCCCAAUUAAAAUAAAAUAAAAAUAUAUAUAUAUAAACAGUGUUGGCUACCUCAUCCUCCUCCUCCACCGCUGCUUCCACCUACACCGCCACAGUCACCGCCUCCACAACCUAUGGGUCACUUAGUAUAAACUAGGUACACAAUAGCAGAGGCUUGUGAAGGUCUUUUCUCCAUGCAUCAGGAGUUGAUCUCAGUUUGAACAAUGAAAGAGAAUACCCUGCACUCCAACCCUCUCUCAAAUGGAUAAUUCUGGUGAUCCUCCUGACAGCCAUGCUUUAGAUUUUAAUUUAUGUUCUUCCAUUUUAUGGCUCAGCUGUAUUUUUUAUUUUUAUGUAUUUUAUGUUAUUUUAAGUGAUUUACCUAUCCACAUUUGUUUGCAGGGCACUUGUCCUACUCUUAUCCCCAUUUUACUUCCUUCUGCAGCUCUCUAGCCCUUUCCAGGAGUGUUUUAGAGGCAUUUUUGUGCCCAAAAGUUCGGGUCCCCAUUGACUUCAAUGGGGUUCGGGGUCAAGUUCGGCCGAACCCGCCGGACCCGAACAUCCAGGUAUCUGCUCAACUUGAGUUAUGUUGUAUGCAUGAUGCUGGAGGUCUGUGCAUAAAAAGCAGAGUGUGGCAGAAUAAAGACUCGUACUCCCAGAACUGUUUGUCAUCUAGUAAGUGGGGAGGAGUAGAGUGUUUCACAUUCACAGUGCCUUGUUCCAGUUACUACGGAUCCAGUGGAGAAAACUUCUUGUCAAGACUAGAGCUCCGCUACAACAAUGUGGUGCUCUACGGGGCCAUCUGGAUAUUUUUUAUGGAAUUUAGUAAAUCAGGAUCCGACCGGGCCAUCAUUUGGUCCUGGUUUCAGCCAAACCCAUAGCCGCCGAAAGCCUGAAAAACUUAUCAAAGCCAUUAAAUUCAGGGCUGGAGGCUUCAACUUAAAAAAUUAAAAAACGAUUUGCCCACUUUCAUUGCAAAAAGCCAGCGGCAAACAGUUAAAAACCGACGGUGGUGCAAGUGAUAAUUAUGUUGCAGCAUAGGAUAAAAAUCCUUUGGGGGUCAAUACAACCCUAAAAUUGCUAUAAUAGAGGUAAUGUACCACCUGCCAUGCCUACUAAACUAAUCACUAAUCUUAAAAUUUGAUGUAGACUGGCCCUUACCCGCCGCACAGCAUUUGUUUAUGUAGACUCUCCCUUACCUGCCGCACAGCAUUCGUUUAUGUAGACUCGCCUUUACUUGCCGCACAGCAUUCGUUUAUGUAGACUUGCCCUUACCUGCCGCACAACAUUUGUUUAUGUAGACUCGCCCUUACCUGCCGCAUAGCAUUCGUUUAUGUAGACUCGACUUACCUGCCACACAGCAUUCGUUUAUGUAGACUUGCCCUUACCUGCUGCACAACAUUCGUUUAUGUAGACUCACCCUUACCUGCCGCACAGCAUUCGGUUAUGUAGACUCGCCCUUACCUGCCGCACAGUAUUCGGUUAUGUAGACUCGCCCUUACCUGCCGCACAACAUUCGUUUAUGUAGACUUGCCCUAACCUGCCGCACAGCAGGUGAAUCCUUUGACGCUUGGUUUAGGAUCUGGAUGUGAAAUCACCAAUAUUAAUAUGGAGACUGAACGCAUCCGGGCAAUUGCUGCAACUUUGCUCAGGCUGACCGAAUUCCACCCGUAUGUAUGAGAAUUGUCAUUGCAGUUGGAAUUCAGUCAUUUUCACCGGAUUUUGUCCAUCUGGUGUUUAGUGAAUAACCCUGUGUUUAAUGAUUACCUUAUACAUUAUUUUGUAUUUUAAAUAUUAUAUCAAUAUUUUUAUUAUUAUUAUAUUACAUUAGUGUCAUUAUUAUUAUUAGGAGCAAUUUCAUUAUAUCAUGACAUUAUUAGUAAUAUAAUUGUAAUAAUCAUUUUAACAAUAAUCACUUAUAUCAUCUAUAACUUGCGUUAAAGGAACACUGUAACGUUAGAAAAACACAAGUGUAUUCCUAACGAUAUCAUGUCCCUCUUGCUCCCCUCCCCCCUACCAACACACACCGAAACUGCAAGGGUUAAAACCCGAUCUGCCUUGGUGCAGCUUUAAUGCUCUGUUACCCAACAUGGGAGGUCAAUGCCAUGCGUGAGUGCUGCAAGCGCAGUAGGCUCUCGUCAUAGGAGAGCAUUGCUUCAAUACUUUCCUAUAGAGAUUUAACUGACACUGGAUGCAUGCAGAGCGUGAGGAUGUCCAGGGUCAGUAAGGCAACAAAAAGUCACCUAGGAAGCAGGAAGUGCCUCUAGUCUGAUUGACACUCGAUAGAGGCAGUCUUAGUCCUGCAAUGUAAUGACUGCAGUUUGAUAUACAUUGCAGGACUAAAGUGGACAGGAUCAUGAGCUGAAGUGGUCUGGGUUCGUAUAGUGUCUCUUCAACCUUUUUCAUGAGAUGCUUACUUUUCUUUUAAAUUUAUAUUGAAGAUUUAGCAAAUUACAACAUAAACGCGUUCAACCAAGGCACAGCCAGGGCACACAUUGCAAAUGAAAAGGAGAAACAUUGUUUAAUUUCUCCUCCUCUCUCUAUGCUGACUGCCAGGUGUAAAGGGCGGAGCUUAUAACAAUGAUUGACAGGGAGCUAAGAUGGAGGCGGCUCUCUCUAUACUGACUGCCAGGUGUAAAGGGCGGAGCGUAUAACAAUGAUUGACAGGGAGCCAAGAUGGAGGCGGGUCUCUCUAUACUGACUGCCAGGUGUAAAGGGCGGAGCUUAUAACAAUGAUUGACAGGGAGCUAAGAUGGAGGCGGCUCUCUCUAUACUGACUGACAGGUGUAAAGGGCGGAGCUUAUAACAAUGAUUGACAGGGAGCUAAGAUGGAGGCGGCUCUCUCUAUACUGACUGAUAGGUGUAAAGGGCGGAGCUUAUAACAAUGACUGACAGGGAGCUAAGAUGGAGGUGGCUCUCUCUAUAAUGACUGCCAGGUGUAAAGGGCGGAGCUUAUAACAAUGAUUGACAGGGAGCUAAGAUGCUCUCUAUACUGGACUGCCAGGUGUAAAGGCGGAGCUUAUAACAAUGAUUGACAAUGAUUGACUACGGAGCUAAUGAUGGAGCGGCUCUCUCUAUACUGACUGCUGCAGUGUGGCAUAUAACAAUGAUUGACAGGGAGCUAAGAUGAAGGUGGCUCUCUCUAUACUGACUGCCAGGUGUAAAGGGCGGAGCUUAUAACAAUGAUUGACAGGGAGCUAAGAUGGAGGCGGCUCUCUCUAUACUGACUGCCAGGUGUAAUGGGCGGAGCUUAUAACAAUGAUUGACAGGGAGCUAAGAUGGAGGUGGCUCUCUCUAUACUGACUGCCAGGUGUAAAGGGCGGAGCUUAUAACAAUGAUUGACAGGGAGCUAAGAUGGAGGCGGCUCUCUCUAUACUGACUGCCAGGUGUAAUGGGCGGAGCUUAUAACAAUGACUGACAGGGAGCUAAGAUGGAGGCGCUCUCUCUAUACUGACUGCCAGGUGUAAAGGGCGGAGCUUAUAACAAUGAUUGACAGGGAGCUAAGAUGGAGGCGGCUCUCUCUAUACUGACUGUCAGGUGUAAAGGGCGGAGCUUAUAACAAUGAUUGACAGGGAGCUAAGAUGGAGGCGGCUCUCUCUAUACUGACUGUCAGGUGUAAAGGGCGGAGCUUAUAACAAUGAUUGACAGGGAGCUAAGAUGGAGGCGGCUCUCUCUAUACUGACUGCCAGGUGUAAAGGGCGGAGCUUAUAACAAUGACUGACAGGGAGCUAAGAUGGAGGUGGCUCUCUCUAUACUGACUGCCAGGUGUAAAGGGCGGAGCUUAUAACAAUGAUUGACAGGGAGCUAAGAUGGAGGCGGCUCUCUCUAUACUGACUGCCAGGUGUAAAGGGCGGAGCUUAUAACAAUGACUGACAGGGAGCUAAGAUGGAGGUGGUUCUCUAUACUGACUGCCAGGUGUAAAGGGCGGAGCUUAUAACAAUGAUUGACAGGGAGCUAAGAUGGAGGCGGCUCUCUCUAUACUGACUGCCAGGUGUAAUGGGCAGAACUUAUAACAAUGAUUGACAGGGAGCUAAGAUGGAGGCGGCUCUCUCUAUACUGACUGCCAGGUGUAAUGGGUGGAGCUUAUAACAAUGAUUGACAGGGAGCUAAGAUGGAGGUGGCUCUCUCUAUACUGACUGCUAGGUGUAAAGGGCGGAGCUUAUAACAAUGACUGACAGGGAGCUAAGAUGGAGGUGGCUCUCUCUAUACUGACUGCCAGGUGUAAAGGGCGGAGUUUAUAACAAUGAUUGACAGGGAGCUAAGAUGGAGGUGGCUCUCUCUAUACUGACUGCCAGGUGUAAAGGGCGGAGCUUAUAACAAUGAUUGACAGGGAGCUAAGAUGGAGGCGGCUCUCUCUAUACUCACUGCCAGGUGUAAAGGGCGGAGCUUAUAACAAUGAUUGACAGGGAGCUAAGAUGGAGGCGGCUCUCUCUAUACUGACUGCCAGGUGUAAAGGGCGGAGUUUAUAACAAUGAUUGACAGGAGCUAAGAUGGAGGCGGCUCUCUCUAUACUGACUGCCAGGUGUAAAGGGCGGAGCUUAUAACAAUGAUUGACAGGGAGCUAAGAUGGAGGUGGCUCUCUCUAUACUGACUGCCAGGUAUAAAGGGCGGAGCUUAUAACAAUGAUUGACAGGGAGCUAAGAUGGAGGUGGCUCUCUAUACUGACUGCCAGGUGUAAAGGGCGGAGCUUAUAACAAUGAUCGACAGGGAGCUAAGAUGGAGGUGGCUCUCUCUAUACUGGCUGCCAGGUGUAAAGGGCGGAGCUUAUAACAAUGACUGACAGGGAGCUAAGAUGGAGGUGGCUCUCUCUAUACUGACUGCCAGGUGUAAAUGGCGGAGCUUAACAAUGAUUGACAGGGAGCUAAGAUGGAGGUGGCUUUCUCUAUACUGACUGCCAGGUGUAAAGGGCGGAGCUUAUAACAAUGAUUGAUUGACAGGGAGCUAAGAUGGAGGCACCCAGUUACACGAUAAAACGUGGUGAAUUUAAUUUUAUUUUCACACCUAACGAAUACAUAUCUGUUAAAUAUAGGGAUAAGUAAACAUAAUGUAAAAAAUGCUGGGCCUUUAAUAAAUGACGGUGUUUUUAUAAUCACAGAUCAGAGCUUCGUACUUGUUGCAAUGCCGGCAGCAAUCUCCUGGUCACACAAGCUAACACUCACAUUGGAGAUAAUAUCACAUACGAAACCCAAAGGGACAAACACAUUGUGGUGAAAGAAAACAUCUAUAAAAUGUUUCCUAAGGUAGGUGUAAAAAUCUACCCCUUCUAUAUCCCUACUCUCCUCUUCCUGGGGGACCUAUCCCAUCAGACUGCCCUAUCCCAACAGACUGCCCUACCCCACAGACUGCCCUACCCCAUCAGACUGCCCUAUCCCACAGACUGCCCUACCCCAUCAGACUGCCCUACCCCAUACCCCAACAGACUGCCCUAUCCCAACAGACUGCCCUACCCCAUCAGACUGCCCUACCCCAUCAGACUGCCCUAUCCCAACAGACUGCCCUACCCCAUCAGACUGCCCUACCCCAUCAGACUGCCCUAUCCCAACAGACUGCCCUAUCCCAUCAGACUGCCCUACCCCAUUAGACUGCCUAACCUCUCUCAACCCUCCUCUAAUGUUCCUCUUAGUUAGAUCAAUAUUCCACUGCUCUCCCGAUAAAAGAAAAUCAUAAAACUGUAUCCUCAGAAUAUAACAGGAGGUGCAAUAAGUUCCUAAAAGGGGAACUUUAGAGUUAGCCCCCCUAACAAAAAAUAAAACAAAUUCUCAAAAUAAUGUACCUCGUCAAAAAGCUUUUUGUUCCUGGAGGGCACCUUAUCAAUAGCCGGACUGGUGUGACUACUAAUUUGUGCCAUUUCUUUUUACAGGUCUCGCCCUUCCCUGAUAAGCUGUAUAGACGCUGUGCCGUGGUGGGAAAUGGGGGAAUAUUACUAGACAGUCGCUGCGGCUCGGAGAUCGACCAGGCGGACUUUGUGUUCAGGUAGUUUUCAGUGUCACUAAAUCAUUAAUAAACACAUAUAGCAGUCUGACAGUAAUGUGUAAUAAUCAAUAUGACAUGUUAAAUAGGGAUAAGCACGGGUGAAAAUUUUGUUUUGUUUCAUUCGUUUAUUUUCUCAUUUGGGUUCAUCAGCAAUUCUGUUAAUUUUCAAACACUGUAAUUGUGCCUGGAUGGUGAUUGCUAACUUUUUUCCCAUCAAGCACAACCAUUCAUUUACCUUUCCUGACCUACCUCGGCCACUAGUUUGUCAUCACUGCCAAGCCUUCGUAGUGGGGAGAUUGUGAGUAUGAAGGGGUUAAUAACCAGUCUUUUAUACCUCUAUUCCCUAACAGAGCACAAAGUAACAUUAAUAAAUCCCAAAUCACUGCCACUAACUAAACCUUUUAUUGGGCUUUUCGGUCUACCCUCAUAAUAGAGUUUUAUAAACCCAAAAGUUUUGAACUGAUAAGACACGGUACCCUCCUUAAUUCUAUCCUAAAUGUAAACUUGUGCACCACCUCCAUAUUCUAAACAUUAUGUUAUUUUAUGCUGGGAAUACAGGGAGAGACAAACUCCAAUCUCUGGUUUUGUCAAUGUGGCGGAACCAACCUCGCCACUGGCCUCUGGAGGAGCCUGGUUGCCCACCUCUUGCCGCUGGACUAUGGCCCUGCAUUAAAAACCUUUUAUUUUCCCUAUGUGAGCAGUGUUAACCCAGAUAGCUAAGCCAUGGAGCCCAUUCGUAUACCGAAAGACUAUGGGAAAGACUUUGGCUCCAUGGCGAUUGAACUGUAUGCAUGUGAUCUGAGCGCCAUCCGGUAGUAAUGGGCGCUGAGAUCUAAGCUAUCUGGGGAUAGGUAGAAUGUGUAUGUUCUAUGUGUUGAAUGUAACAGUAUGUAAUUUUAUGUAAUCUAUUGUCUUUUUACUGCCAUGUGGUUAAUGGAGUUUUGCCUCUGUCCUUGGAGAUAAUUGGAUUACUUCCCAAUUAUCUCCAGGAUAGAAGACUCUGUGGAACUGGUUUUAGGCAGAAAAACCAUGCUUCACUUGGUCAAAUAGGACUUUCCCUUAACUUGUUAACCCCUGAACCGAUUGCCCUGAUUUUUGAAUAUGUGUAUAUUUCAAUCAUGCGGAUUCUGAAUAUGUAAUUUUUAUGAAGAUUGGAUGUAUAUUUUUAAAGUUAUAGCACAUGUAUAAAAACUGUAUUUUUCCUGCUUGUGAUAAUUGUAGAUUAUGCUAGCUUUAGUGUACCUAUAAUCUUAAUUAUAUUAAUGACAGGAGGCGAGUAUUUGCUUAAGUCUCUCUUUACUAGAACUCCACAGCAGCACUGAAAAACAACCAAUCAGAAAAAAGUUAGGUACUAUAAAACUCCCCUCCCCAUGCAUCAUUUCCUCUUUCAAGCUGCGACAAAAACAGAACAAAAGGCAGAAAACAUAAUGGGGAAGAAACAAAGUCCUAGAUACGAUGAAUACAACGAUGUCCACCAUCCGAGAAGAACUGCCAAACCAGAUAGUGUUGAUGCACUGUAAACUGAAACAAGAGAAAAACAGAAUCGAACAGGUUGAUUAUCCAAUGAAAUGUACUCUGAAUAAACAUGUAGGUACCCAAUGUAGCAACCAAAAGUACCUGAAUAUGUAGAUAUUCCAACCCUACUUGUGAAAAAACAGACAUAAGAACAGGCGACAGGUAGCAGAGACAACAAGCAGAGUUGCAUACGUACCUGAUUAAUCCAAACUAUUAAAAUUAAACAAGGGAGGGAUAAGAAUGGGUGGGAAAUACUCGCCUCCUGUCAUUAAUAAAAUGAAGAUUAUAGGUACACUAAAGCUAGAAUAAUCUACAAUUUUAUAACAUGACAGUAGGCUUUGUAUUUGCUGUUUUAACGCUCAGUCAACAAAUCCAAUGCUGUUUGUUUCGCUGGUACCUAUUCCGGGAGCUAUCCGAGCAAUCCUAAAUGGACUUUCCAACUGCGAUAAAUGACAAUAGACCGAUCGGUGAAGAUGCCAGUUGACGAUGCAUCCCAAAUACGGAAAAAAACACCAUCCGCUGAUAAAUCCAUUGUACGUGGGGUUGCAACCUGUUUCCUACCAGCCAGUCCAUGAGCUGCCAAGCUGACCUGUUAGCCAUUUCCCUGUAGUUAUAAAAUGUCGAAGGUCAUUUGCGGACUUAGGGCCGCGAUAAGACACUGCCACCAUGUCUCAUCUGUGUAAGGUGGCUCCACCGAUCAUGCCCGGGUCACCCGGCGAUGUGGCCUUGCAGGCAGAUCUUCAAUCUCAAGGAAUGCACCUAAGUCCACCAAUUCUGCAAUAGAACCGAGUAGGAUCUUUCGUUCCCUGAUGGCCUACCUGGUGAGAUGUCUCAUCCGAGAAUACAUUUAUUAUGCAGGCAAGAGUGUGGCAAACUAGCUCUAUCCCAAGUGAUUCCAAUAUUCCAACUGGACUGUGUUAUCCAUGGCUGCGGUGGAGAAAGGACUCCAAAAAGGACGUCCAAUCAAGGUCCCAAACUGAACUUAAGUCAAGUAAGCCCCACUGAACAGGGCCAGGGGCUAACCUUACGCAGGAAUAACUACCGAUAUCUAGAUGGAUAUCUGGAGGCAGUUAGAGGGUUAGUUGUUAAAGACAAGGAAACACCGUGUCCCCCUGUAGGCGUCUGAGUACCGGUCCCUGCCUGUGCGAAGUUCUCCUUGGAGAUGUGCCGUUGCCGGGCUGGUGUAAACCGUGGAUGCAUGCCCGGGGUCUUCAUAAGAAACCUUGCCCUUCAGGCAUGAGGUUUAGGGCCUUUACCCUUCCCACCAUACUCAGGUGGCCGUAUACUCUUGGAUAGUAUGGCAACGGUGCUUGCCUGGACACCUGCCUAUCUCCAUGUCACUAGUGGGUACUGGGUUUUCCUCAGUGAUAUUCCCCCAGGCCUGCGGCCAAAAGGGGGUCGGCACCCAUAGAGCAGGCCCGUCAGAAGGGCACAGGCCCAGCAGGCCAAACGAAUGGGCACAGAAUAGUUGGCCAAUCAAAUAGGCACAGACAUAGCAGGCCAAUCAUUGGGGCACAGACAUAGCAGGCCAGUCAAUGGGGCACAGACAUAGCAGGCCAGUUAAUGGGGCACAGACAUAGCAGGCCAAUCAAAGGGGCACAGACAUAGCAGGCCAAUCAAAGGGGCACAGACAGAGCAGGCCCGUGAUAGCGUUCCGACAGCCGUAGGGCCCAUCUGCGUGUGUAGAGUCCACUAUAUAUAUAUAUAUAUAUAUAUGUGCGUAAUGAAACAGGAAAACCUUGGGUUAAAUAAUUUCAAUAUGUAAAACCCACUAGCAGGGUAGUAAUGUGAUUAUAACAGUAUUUUUACAUAAUACCUCUGGAUUAAGUUGCUAUAAUGUCUCCAGUCUAAUAUCACAGAUGUUACAGCCGCUAGUGAUGAAGUGCUAUACCACUAUACAGGGAACUGGCAGACUUUAAUGUUUGGCCAAAGGCAGAAAACCAAACUGCAGACAUCUCAGAGCAGUACAGGGUGUACUGCCUAAAGCCUAUUCUCCAGCCCAGCAAAAUAUUUAUAUAAAAUUAUAUAAAUGUGGAGUCAUCUUGGGUUAUAGAUUAACCCUGAGCAGGGUGAAGGGCCCUCAUCUGAUAUAAAAAACAAAACAAAACAAAAAACUCCGGCCAUGAUCGGAAUCCGGCCUUGAUAGGAACAGACAGGGGGAGGGGCUGCGAGCGGUCGCACCCUCCCCCACCCGGUCGGACACACGUCUCGAGCUCCCCUGCGACCGGAAAAAACACACACAGGACCGCCGAAAAUGAACUCUGCGGUUCCGGAGCUCGGGGAUCGAAAGAGGCAGAUGCAGUCAGCCUCCUGAAGCCCCCGAGCGGCGCACACAGACACCGCCAGACAGAAGGACAAAGGCGGAACAAAAAAAUAUAACAACGAGCAUACACAAAGUUGGGAGACAGACAGGGGGACAAGGCCAAGGGGAUAGAGGGGACAGGGGGAUAGAGAGGGGACAGGGGGAUAGAGGGGACAGGAAGACCCCCCAGAAAUCAAAACUAAAUAUGUAUAUAACAGUGAUAGCCUGAACUUUCAAGUAAAAAUAAAGUCCCACAGGGGUUUUAACAAAACUGCAUGUGUAAGGAAAAUUUACACAUGGCCAAGGUAAUACUGCAUAUAAAAUGAAUCCCACAAGGCCUUAAUAAAAAAUUCUGAAAAGAUAUUCAAUAUAUAAGCAUAAAAAUCCCACAAGGGAAAAUAAAAUACUGAAUAUGAAGAAAUAAAUCCCACAAGGAACAUAACAAUAUUGUAUUAUAAAAAUAAAAUCCCCAAGGAUUAUAACAACUGCAUUAUAAAAAUAAAAUCCCACAUGGAUUAUAACAAUACUGCAUUAUAAAAAUAAAAUCACACAAGGAUUAUAACAAUACAGCAUACAGGAAUAAAUUCAUACAAGGAUUAUAACAAUACUACAUUUAUAAGGUUAAAAUACUGAAUAUAAGCAAUAAAAUCCCAAAGCCACCCACUAGAAGCAGGAGGCAGUUUCCUGUACUGACUGCGGAGCAGCAAAGAAAGAGGAAAUGAUGCAUGGGGAGGGGAGUUUUAUAGUACCUAACUUUAUUCUGAUUGGUUGUUUUUCUGUGCUGCUGUGGAGUUCUAGUAAAGAGAGACUUAAGCAAAUACGAAGCCUCCUGUCAUGUGUGACAGACCCAUCUGUAUGGACUAAAAGUACUGUUUUCGUCUGUUUUGCCGUUUGCAUGAAUUUCCCCGUUCGUAUGCUUUGUUUAAGAGAAUGUCUUUUUUUGUCGAACGGAACUACCGAACGGACGGCCACCCAGAAGAGAAGUGUGCUGCUGGUUAACCUAUUGAUCCCAAUUAGAAUGUUGCAGUUAACCACAGACACUUCUCAAUUAAAACCGAAUACAGGGUGGUCGUCGUUCGUAUGUCGACCACGAGGCGGCGGCCAUUUUAACUAUGCGAAAGCCCAGCGGUGUUCGACGGUUAUUCCCUGGAACUAAAAACUGACACUUUUUCAACCAAACACCGCUGAAGCCGUCGACCUCCCCUUCUCAAUCGACAAAAGCAUACGAAUACCGGCCGUUCGGGAGAUUUAAUAACACGAAUGGACUUAACCCAGAUAGCCUUCCCAUGGAGUCAAUCGCAUACCGAAUGUGACAGACCCAUCUGUAUGGACUAAAAGUACUGUGUUCGUCUGUUUUGCCAUUUGCAUGAAUUCCCCAUUCGUAUGCUUUGUUUAAGGGAAUGUCUUUUUUUUGUCGAACGAAACUACCGAACAGACGGCCACCCAGAAGAGAAGUGUGCUGCUGGUUAACCUAUUGAUCCCAAUUAGAACGUUGUGGUUAACCACAGACACUUCUCAAUUAAAACCGAAUACCGGGUGGUCGUCGUUCAUAUGUCGACCACGAGGCGGCGGCCAUUUUAAACCAUGCGAAAGACCAGCGGUGUUCGACGGUUAUUUCAUGGAACUGAAAACGGAAACUUUUUCAACCGAACACCGCUGAAGCCGUCGACCUCCCCUUCUCAAUCGACAAAAGCAUAUGAAUGCCGGCCGUUCGGGAGAUUCAACAACACGAAUGGACUUAACCCAGAUAGCCUUCCCAUGGAGUCAAUCGCAUACCAAAGAACUGUAAUAAACUUUGACUCCAUGGCGAUUGAACUAUGCGAAUGGGAUCUGAGCGCUAUUCGCCAAUAAUAUGCACUCAGAUCUAGGCUAUCUGGGGAUGUGUUACACAAAUACAAUAUGUUCGGCAAUUAGAAAGUUACAUAUUUUAAUGUGUUUUAUAACUUUGAGUUAAAAUGGCGAUUUGCCUCUGCUCAGGGAGAUAAUUGAAUUACUUAUCAAUUAUCUCCCGAGCAGAGGGGAAGAAACUGUGAUGCAUGCUGGGAAUAUUAGGGGGAUGUAUGUCCAGAAUGUCCCCAUGUCCUUCUGUCAUUUCAGUCUCCCAUUUGGUCCCCUAGGGGAGUGUCCACCAAGUGGGAGACCUGCAUAAAUAUGGGCAGGUAGCCCACAGUAAACUCAGUUUGUGUUUUACCCUCAAAGCGGAGCUUGGUCUCGUUAUAGGGGGGAUUUUAUUACCGGCGACGAGAGACUGCUUACUGGAAUUAUUGGCCGCUUGGAAAAUAUUGGCGUUCAGCUAAUAUUGGCAGUUCGUGUAUUUGGAGCUCGUGAAGGGAAAGAGCCGUACAGGUACCGUUCGGGAGUUUGGAGUGUUCCCUAGCUGGCGGUUCGCAUGAUUAUACUGUAUACGCUACCAGACCACAUUAUUGCGAAUGGGGAGUGUAACAGACCGUUUUGCACACAAGGGGUAAAAACCGUUUAGGCGAUUGGCCCCCCCCCUUUCCAGAGAUACCGGCACAGCUACUGCAGAACACCAAACUCCCGAACUGGAUACAAAAUAGCACUCCAACUCCCGAACUGGAACCUCCCAAAUAGCUGCUAGCAAACAAACAGGAAAAGCAGACAAUCAGCUUACACUCCUGGCAAUCAGUCUCUAACAGCAUACAGUGAAUCCCCCCAAGAACGAGACAAGGCUCCGUGUUGAUGGUCAAGCAGUGGUCUGAGGUGCUGGCACACCCAGCCUGGUUUUUAUUACAGUCUUGCAAAUACAGGACCGCCCACAGGGAGGUAUAAAACAACCAAUCACAUUCACAUAAAAUUACAUAUUCACAAUCAAUCCAUUCAGGGGAACAACAUAUUAAAAAAUGGCAUGAAUCAGACCAGGGGUUCAAAAGUUAGUAAAAAGUAUCUUUUGUACCCUGGCUGGCAGCAUGGCUAUCUGGCUCAAACAGGUUUUACAGAGCCCUCUAUCCUGGACAAUGGGGAAAGUAAUCCAGUUAUCCAGGGAUAGAGGCAGACUCCACUGAGCACAUGGGGACACAAAGACAGUAAAACACUUUAAAAUACAUCAGGUAAGACACCUUACAUUAAAACUAUACAUUUUUUCCCCAGAUAGCUCAGGUCUGAGCGCACAUUAUUAAGUGAAUGGCGCUCAGACCACACGAAUACAGUUUAAUCGCCAUGGAGCCAAAGUCUUUACAGUCAGUUUAAUACGAAUGGGCUCCAUGGGAUAUCACAUUCAAACAAAUCUACCGAACCCAAGGCAGAAAAGCAUGAAUGAAGCUUUUCUGCAGGUAAAAAAGAUGUCUUUUAACAGGGGGCCAUAGUCCAGAGGCAGCAGGCGAGCAACCAGGCUUCUCCAAUGCAAUGUGGCGAGAUUGGUCUCGUCACAUUGAGCAUUCACUAAACGGCGGUUUGUACAUUUGCUACUGGAGGUACCGUAACAACUGGUGGCAAGCGACGGGAUGAUCCUCAGCGCCCAAAGAGACCACUACAACCAGGACUAAAUGGAAUUACAAUACCAGAACCUGAGAAGAGCUACCCUGAAAGAUUUAUUAGAGCAAAGAGGCGGACAAGCCAGUAACCUCAGGAAGAGGGAUAUUAUUACACUAUUGCUGGAAAUGGAUGGAGUACCAGCGGCAGAGGGAACCAAUGGACCCAGCACAGCUGACAGAACCCCCGAGGAGGCAAGCUUUGACUGGGCGGUAAGAAUCAGGCUGGCACAUUAUGGUCCCAACCCAUCUGCAGAGAUCAUCGACCGGGUCAUGGCCGCUGUGGAGGCCAACCUGCUGCGCCAAAGCGGUGCUGCAGCAGCCCCAAUCACAGCAAACCUGGGAGAAAGAAAGAAGGUGCCGUUUACUGCGUUUAAAGCCUUCAAUGAGACAGAAGGAGAGAUUGAUGGGUACCUUGCUGAUUUUGAGCGGCAAUGUGCCCUGCACAAGGUACCCCUGAAGACUGGGUUACUAUAUUGUCCGGCAAGUUAUCCGGCUGGGCCAGCGAGGCUUUUCGGGCCAUUCCUGAUGAGGAGAUCGGGGAUUAUGUGGCAGUCAGGGAAGCUUUACUCUCCCGGUAUGCUGUUACACCCGAGGCAUACAGGAGGAGGUUCCGAGACACUGUUAAAACAUCUGGGGACUCGUACGUUGAAUGGGCAUGCAAAGUGCACCGCACAGCUGCCCACUGGAUGGCGGGGUGCCAGGCUGUGUCCGGAGAAGAAGUGCUACAGAUGUUUCUGUUGGAACAUUGUUUUGACAAAUUACCAGCAGGGGUCAGAGAGUGGGUAAGGGACCAUAAACCCUCCACUCUACAUGAAGCAGCUCGCCUGGCGGAUGAGUAUACAGAUGCUCGCAAACUGGACAGUUUCAUCAGUAAGGCUCCCACCAGAGUGGAGUACAGGCCAGCAGCACCAACAGCAGCUACAAUCUAUCAACCCCCAAUGAAUCGUCCAUCAGCACCCCCUUCAUCCGCCCAGUAUCAACAGUCACCCCGGUUUAAUUCACGGGAGUACGCACAACCCAUUCGGUGCUACCUAUGCAAGCAGCUAGGGCACAAGCGACCGGAGUGCCCGAUGAACAGCACCAACAAGAACCAGUCCUGGAGGAGAUCAGCCGGUGGCAAUCCACGUCCUCCUCUCCCAGCCGCUCACUGUGUAGAGGGGGAGGAGUGCUGGGGCAUCUUGCAUGAGGCAGACCCCGUUCAGGCUGCCCACCGGGAUAACAGACAGCACCACCGGCAAUGUGUAAAAGUAAACGGGAAGGAGGUCAGUGGUCUAUGGGAUACCGGUGCAACAAUGACUUUGCUCCAGAAACACCUGGUAUCCGAAGCCCAACAUACCGGGGACACGGUCGCAGUGCGAGUAGCCGGUGGUGCUGUGUUUCGUCUACCCGUUGCCCCGGUACAUUUGGAUUGGGGAGUGGGCGCUAGACAUGUGAAUGUGGGGGUCAUGAAGGACUUACCAGCAGAUGUCCUCCUUGGCAAUGACUUGGCGCCCCUUGUUUCAGCCUUCGCUCCCAUGGGUCCCGCUGAAGUGGAUGCUGUCACGACCCGUGCCCAGACCCGUGCCGCCGAGACCGGCCCACCUGCUGCUGAGACCCAGGUAAGACUCUCUACCCCGACUUGUACCUUAGACCAGGCCCCUUUAGGCUGGGAUACCCCAGAGAUGUACUGGAAGGAAACUAGGGAAGACCCGAUGCUGGCGAAGUACAGGGCCAGGGCCGAUUCUGGGGGAGAAGGAGUAGAUGGGGAGCACUAUGAGUGGCUGUACAGGAUCCCGAAACCGUCCCAGAAACCGAGUACCCCUCCGCAGAAUCGACAGCUAGUGGUACCUGCAAAAUACCGGCAGGAGAUUCUGCAGAUUGGGCAUGAUGUGCCGUUAGCAGGCCAUCUAGGUUCCCGCCGCACAGCUCAUAGAAUCACACAAAACUUUUUCUGGCCCAAUUUUAACCGAGAUGUGUGGGUUUAUUGUAGCACGUGUGACACCUGUCAACGGGUAGGUAAGCGGGGGGAUCACCCAAAAGCUAGGCUUCAGUCGAUGCCUAUCAUUGGAGAACCCUUUUCCCGCAUAGCCGUUGACAUUGUGGGUCCACUGGCCAGGGCUAGCCCAUCAGGUAAGAAAUACAUUCUUACCGUGGUGGACUAUGCCACACGUUAUCCAGAGGCAGUAGCGCUGUCUAAUAUAGAGGCAGAGACGGUUGCUGAUGCCCUGGUUAAAAUUUUCACUAGGGUCGGGUUCCCUCAGGAGAUUCUCUCCGAUCAGGGAACUCAGUUCACCGCUGUGCUUACCCAGCAGCUGUGGAAGGUGUGCGGUAUUAAACCUCUGCUUAGCUCACCUUAUCACCCACAGACUAACGGUCUCUGCGAGCGAUUUAAUGGCACCCUCAAACAGAUGUUGAGGACCUUUACUGACACUUGCAGAGACUGGGAGCGAUUCCUGCCUCAUCUGCUAUUUGCAUACAGAGAGGUGCCCCAGGAAUCUACUGGGUUCUCCCCCUUUGAGUUACUCUAUGGGAGAAGGGUCCGUGGACCCCUAGAUCUCAUUAGAGGACACUGGGAGGGGGAGACAGAGCAAGAAGGGACCCCCAUAGUACCAUAUGUCCUGGAACUCCGGGACCGCAUGGAGAAACUAUCCCUGAUGGUAAGGGAGAAUCUCCAGGCGACCCAGGGGAGACAGAAGCGGUGGUACAAUCGGGGUGCCCGACAGUGGGUCUUCCAGGUUGGGCAGAAGGUUCUGGUGCUCAAGCCUGUGAAGACGAACAAGAUGCAAGCAUCUUGGCAGGGCCCAUAUAAAGUGUUAGCUCAGGUAUGUGAUACUACCUACCUUAUAGCCAGCUGUUCAGAUGAAAGGAUUCAGCGAUCCUUCCAUGUGAACAUGCUGAAGGAGUAUCAGGAACGACCAGAGGAUGUUGCGGCAGUAUGUGCCCCAGCUACUGACGACCCCGAGAAUUUACCUUUACCUGACUUGUUAGAGAAGGAUCCCCAGACAGACCUUACUAGUCUUGUACAGCUAGGAGACCGGCUAAACCUGGCAGAGAAGGUACAGGCAAGACAGCUUCUGUGGGAGAAGCAGGCGACGUUCCCCAAGAACCCUGGUACAACACCCUAGCUGUGCACAAGGUCGAGACACCUGGACGAACCCCCAUACCGUAUCCCUGAAGCAGUCCGAGAAGGAAUGCGGAAGGAGAUACAAGAGAUGACCAGGCUGGGGGUUAUCGAGCACUCAGACAGCCCUUGGGCCUCGCCUGUAGUCCUGGUGCCUAAGAAAGAUGGGACCACCCGGUUCUGUGUGGACUACAGGCGGCUCAACGAGCGGACCACCACUGACGCCUACUCAAUGCCCUGGGUAGACGAGUUAUUAGACCGCAUUGCCAGGGGGCGCUACCUGACCACCAUUGACCUGUGUAAAGGUUAUUGGCAGAUCCCCCUGGCCGAGGAUGCUAUCCCUAAGUCGGCAUUCGUCACCCCAUUUGGCCUGUACCAGUUUAAGGUUAUGCCAUUUGGGAUGAAGAAUGCUCCGGCUACUUUCCAGCGUAUGGUGGAUAGGCUCCUCGAUGGCUUCCAGGACUUUGCAUGCGCAUACCUGGAUGACAUUGCGGUCUACAGUGAGUCCUGGGAAGACCAUUUAGUACACGUGGGGGGUGGUACUGGACAAGAUUCGGGCCGCAGGCCUGACCUUGAAGCCAGACAAGUGCCAUCUAGGUAUGGCAGAAGUACAGUACUUGGGUCACAGAGUAGGAUGUGGAAGCCAGAGACCGGAGCCGGCCAAGGUAGAGGCUGUAGCUUACUGGCCCACACCAUUCACCAAGACCCAAGUGCUGGCCUUCCUGGGGACGGCAGGGAAUUACCGACGUUUUGUUCCCGACUACAGUACGGAUGCCUAGCCCUUGACUGACCUGACUAAGAAGAAUUUACCUAAGCAGGUCCUGUGGUCUUCAGCUUGUGAAGCCGCGUUUCAAGCACUUAAACAGGCUCUUGUAAAUGCCCCUGUCCUGGCUGCCCCAGUCCCUAACAAACGUUUCUUGUUCAUACAGAUGCUUCCAUGUAUGGACUGGGGAAUGUGCUGAGCCAGGUCGGGGAAGAUGGAGGAGAGCACCCUGUCGCAUACCUAAGCAGAAAGUUACUACCCCGGGAAGUGAGUUAUGCGGCAGUGGAGAAAGAGUGUUUAGCCCUGGUCUGGGCACUGAAGAAAUUGAGCCCUUAUUUGUACGGGCAGGAGUUUUCCCUUAUAACGGAUCACAAUCCCCUUGUCUGGCUUAACCGGGUCUCAGGAGACAAUGGCAGACUGCUGAGGUGGAGUUUGGCACUGCAGCCUUACAACUUCACCAUCAGCUACCGACCCGGUUAGCAGAAUGGGAAUGCGGAUGGGCUAUCCCGGCAAACAGACGUCCCUACUCCUUCCCAGUCCGGUCAUCCCCAAGUUGACCUGCCAAAGGGUCAAGCCGGGUCUGCCGGAGUGUUCCACAAGGGGGGAGCCGUGUGACAGACCCAUCUGUAUGGACUAAAAGUACUGUUUUCGUCUGUUUUGCCGUUUGCAUGAAUUUCCCCGUUCGUAUGCUUUGUUUAAGGGAAUGUCUUUUUUUGUCGAACAGAACUACCGAACGGACGGCCACCCAGAAGAGAAGUGUGCUGCUGGUUAACCUAUUGAUCCCAAUUAGAACGUUGCGGUUAACCACAGACACUUCUCAAUUAAACGAAUACAUGGUGGUCGUCGUUCGUAUGUCGACCACGUGGCGGCGGCCAUUUUAACUAUGCGAAAGCCCAGCGGUGUUCGAUGGUUAUUCCCUGGAACUGAAAACUGACACUUUUUCAACCGAACACCGCUGAAGCCGUCGACCUCCCCUUCUCAAUCGACAAAAGCAUACGAAUACCAGCCGUUCGGGAGAUUUAAUAACACGAAUGGACUUAACCCAGAUAGCCUUCCCAUGGAGUCAAUCGCAUACCGAAGAACUGUAAUAGACUUUGACUCCAUGGCGAUUGAACUAUGCGAAUGGGAUCUGAGUGCUAUUCACCAAUAAUAUGCACUCAGAUCCAGUCUAUCUGGGGAUGUGUUACACGAAUGCAAUAUGUUCGGCAGUUAUAAAGUUAUAUAUUUUUAUGUGUUUUGUGACUUGUAUUUAAAAUGGCGAUUUGCCUCUGCUCAGGGAGAUAAUUGAAUUACUUCCCAAUUAUCUCCCGAGCAGAGGGGAGGAAACUGUGAUGCAUGCUGGGAAUAUUAGGGGGAUGUAUGUCCAGAAUGUCCCCAUGUCCUUCUGUCAUUUCAGUCUCCCAUUUGGUCCCCUAGGGGAGUGUCCACCAAGUGGGAGACCUGCAUAAAUACGGGCAGGUAGCCCACAGUAAACUCAGUUCGUGUUUUACCCUCAAAGCGGAGCUUGGUCUCAUUAUAGGGGGGAUUUUAUUACCGGCGACGAGAGACUGCUUACUGGAAUUAUUGGCCGCUUGGAAGAUAUUGGCGUUCGGCUAAUAUUGGCAGUUCGUGUAUUUGGAGCUCGUGAAGGGAAAGAGCCGUACAGGUACCGUUCGGGAGUUUGGAGUGUUCCCUAGCUGGCGGUUCGCAUGAUUAUACUGCAUACGCUACCAGACCACAUUAUUGCUAACGGGGAGCAUUCACUAAACGGCGGUUUGUACAUUUGCUACUGGAGGUACCGUAACAUCAUGUUAUAAAAUUAUGUUAACCAUUGUGUACCAUAAUUAGAUCACAGGCAGAGGGAAGGAUUUUGUGUAUAAUUGCUGGGAGUGUUUUCUGUAAUGUACGUGUGUUAUUGGUUGUUCUGUAAAACCCUGUGGGCAGUACUAAAUUUGUGGAUUGGGAAUAAAAGAGGCUGUAUGUGCCAGUACAGUCAGUUCUGCUUGACCUCAAAACGAAGUGUUGUCUCGUUAUUGGGGGAAUUGGAUUGUAUGCUGAUUGCCAGGAGUGUAAGCUGAUUGUAUGCUUUUCCUGUUCGGCUGUUUCCAGUGAUUCGUGUAGUUUGCAGUUCGGAAGAUUGGUGAUUGCAGUAGCUGUCUGUGCAUCUGGAAAGGGGAAUAUCGCCUAAACAGGUUUUAACCUCUUGUGUGCAAAACGGUCCGUUACAGUCGAGUCUUAUUUUAACAAACCUCAUGUACUUCUUAUCGUACGUUCGUUCCCAAUCUCACAAAAUCCUGCAAGGUCGUGUGAAUUAUAGCUCUGUCAUUCGCAUACCCAAACAUCAAUCGAGACUUGAUGAAGGGUACAACAGGAAUGUCUUAUUAUGGCCAGAUGGUCCACUUUUAUACACAGACCCCCAGCAUUAGGUCUCCAGCCAAAACAUAGGGAAAACCCGCUCAGGCGUCUGUGUCUGGGAGAUAAGUGAGUGUACUUUGCUUAAACUAAUUAUCUUCCAGGCACUGAAGGUACAGAGAAUAAAACAGAAAACACCCCAAAACAUACAUAAUGUUAAUAGGGACCCCCACAAGUCUUAGAUCCCCGGAUAGCUCAGACCUGAGUGCCCAAGGUCUCAAAAUAGUGCUCAGACCCCGAUAAUACCAACCGCACCCGUGGCGUCUGCCCUAGUAAGUUCCAUAAGAAAAGUAGUAGUGGUCGGUCAACUUCCCAAAAAUUUGAGUUCCUACACAAAAAUAAACUAAUGGUUCCCCUGGCUCAUAGGUAGCAAUUGUUCACCUUAUUCGUGCAAACCUUUUCACUGAACAGCGCUCUCCUGGCAUUUCGGGAAUAGAAGCAGGCGGCAGCACAAAGUUACAGAGGUUCACGAGUUAAAGUAAAGGUCUUUGAGUUCCAGACACUCAACGACCAAGUACCGCUGCCUGUGUUCUGGAGACAAAAUGGCCAAUGUUUCCAGUUAUACGAAUGGCGGCCAUCCAGAAAGAGCACUUAAGUUUGUUGUUGUUUUGAAGUCUGUGUUCGGUAGAUAGAAAUACUGAAAAUAAAAGAAAAUAAAAAGGGUUCCUGGGCAGUUUGUCACACUUAUUAACUCCAUAUUCUCUCCUCCUUGCAGGUUUAAUCUGCCACCCAUGAAUUAUUCAGGAGACGUUGGAACAAAGACAGAUCUGGUCACAGCAAACCCGAGUAUCCUGCAUAACCGGUAACUAACACACUAAAAUAUUAUAUCAAUGCAUGAAGGAGAGGAUGUCAAUAGGUGUCUCAUCAGCUCUGCUGAGCUACAGUUCCCAUGAUGCUUAGUUAGCCGGUGGCUAGUUGAUGGCUGAAUAGUGGUCGGUCACUAGCCCUGGAAUAGAGACACCAUGAAUAUUUAUACAUCACAGCAUAUAGGUCUAAAGAGUUAUUUUCUUCUAUUUCAGUUUCUCAAGACUGAAUGAGCAGAGGAAGCCCUUUGUGGAUCUUGUAAAGAUGUACGAAUCUGCCCUUAUCGUGAUGCCAGCUUUCUCCUUUACCAACAAUGUAGACGUUUCCUUUAAAGUUUUUUAUACUUUACAAGAUUUUGAGUCACAUCAGAAGGUGGCUUACUUCCACCCAGACUAUUUGAAGAACCUUGCUCUCUACUGGAAAAAUAGGGGUCUUAAGGCUCGUCGUUUGUCCUCUGGCCUCAUGAUUGUCAGCACAGCCUUGGAGCUCUGCGAUGAGGUCACACUCUAUGGUUUCUGGCCUUUUUCUAGAGGUACAUCUGGAAAACCGAUACCACAUCACUAUUAUGAUAACAAAUUGCCAAAACCUGGCUUCCAUUCCAUGCCUGAUGAGUUUUUCUUCUACAACCAGAUGCAUAGCAAAGGGAUCCUGAGAUUAAAGAUUGGAACAUGUUAA